AGGAAGCUGGAUUGCGCCACUCGGUAACUGGAGUCAAUGAAUCGGGCUCAGGGGUAUUAAUCGAGCGGGGGGGUAAGCAGUGAGCAGGAGGAGACUCCCCCCGGAGGCGUUUCUUCUUCUCGGUGACUGUGUGUCCACACAAAGCGUCAAUGAGCUGCACUUUUCCCACGUUUCUUCUCCAGGAGCGAAGGGCUCGUUUGGAGGAACGCCGCCGGGCUUUGCUGUCCGCUCGCUGGGGUGUGUUCAGGCGACUGAGACCUCUGUGAGUCAUUUGGAAAACGUUAAUAUCAAAGCGACACGUCUGGUUCGUCUGUUUUCUGAGCUGAAUUAUAGACAGAAAAGUUGUGUACAGUCUGUUUUCGGUCCCGGGUCAGAACCGCUGCUAACGCGUUCAAGCUAACGUAACGUCCCCUCGGAUAAACCAGCUAACUGUGGACGGACGGCUACAGUGUGUUCCCAGCCUGGAAGUCUCAGUGCGUUGAUGUGUUAGGACACAAUGUCUCCCCCCCGCUGCUUCCAGCUGCUGCUGUCCUGCAUCCUGCUGGUUCUGCUGGUCCCGUUUCCUCGGGCUCAGUCCAGACCGGCCACAGAGGAGAGAGACGCAGCCGACGCAGUUAAAUCCUCUGAAGACGAAGAAGACGAUGAGUCAUCCUCAGAGGAAAAUAAACUGUCCAAUGAGCUGUCAACAAGCAACGAAAAGCUCCAGACGUCGGCGCCUCAGUGGGUGAUGCCAGAGAAGAUGGAGAAGCAGCUCCACGCCGUUCCUGCCAGCAGGACCGUAAAGUUUCGAUGCCAGGCGGUUGGAAACCCUGUUCCCUCCCUGCGCUGGUACAAGAAUGGCAAAGAGUUCAGGAAGGACCAGAGAAUCGGAGGGUUCAAGAUCAGAGACCACAUGUGGACUCUAAUAAUGGAGUCAGUGGUUCCAUCUGAUAAAGGCAACUACACCUGUGUGGUGGAGAAUGAAUACGGGAGUCUCAAACACACCUACCUGCUGGAUGUAGUUGAGCGCUCUCCUCACAGACCGAUCCUGCAGGCAGGUCUGCCGGCUAACCAAACCGCUGUUGUUGGCAGCAACGUGGCGUUUGUGUGCCGAGUGUUCAGCGACCCGCAGCCUCACAUCCAGUGGCUCAAACACAUCACCGUCAAUGGCAGCAGAGAGGGACCAGAUGGACACCCGUAUGUCCUCAUUCUCAAGACUGCAGGUUUGAACACAACAGAUAAAGAAAUGGAGGUUUUGACUCUGAAGAACGUCACUCUGAGCGAUGCUGGAGAAUACACCUGCCUGGCAGGUAACUCGAUCGGCGUCUCUCAUCACUCUGCGUGGCUCACUGUCGUCGACGACCUGCCCCCCUCCCCGCUGCCCUCUCAGACAUAUUUGGAGAUCUUCAUCUAUUGCCUCGGCUUUUUCAUCAUCAUCAUCCUCACGGCCACAGCAGUCAUCUGCAGACUCUGCUGCGCCCCGAAGAAAAGCGACUUCGGCAGCCAGCUAGCCGUCCAAAAACUAGCCAAGAGCAUCCCUCUGAGGAGACAGGUAUCAGUCGAGUCCUCAUCCUCCCUUCAGUCUGGAAUGUGUUUGAUGCGCCAGUCUCGUCUCUCCAGUGCAGCCACCACCAUCCUGGCAGGAGUGUCGGAGUACGAACUUCCCUACGAUCCUGUGUGGGAGCUGCCCCGUGACAGGCUGACGCUGGGGAAGCCUCUGGGAGAAGGCUGUUUCGGUCAGGUGGUUCUGGCGGAGGCUGUUGGGGUUGACAAAAAUAAACCCACCCGCCUCACAAAGGUGGCUGUGAAGAUGCUCAAAGCGGACGCCACAGAGAAGGACCUGUCUGACCUGAUCUCUGAAAUGGAAAUGAUGAAGAUGAUUGGCAAACACAAGAACAUCAUCAACCUGCUGGGAGCCUGCACUCAGGACGGCCCUCUGUACGUGGUGGUGGAGUACGCCUCACAGGGUAACCUGAGGGAAUACCUCCGGGCUCGUCGGCCGGUCGGGUUGGAGUACUGGAGCGGCUCCAGGCAGGUUUCUCUGGGCGGUUUGGAGCUCAUGGAGCUGGUGUCUGCUGCGUACCAGGUGGCCAGAGGAAUGGCCUACCUGGCUUCAAAGAAGUGUAUUCACAGAGACCUGGCAGCGAGGAACGUGCUCGUCACAGAAGAUAACGUGAUGAAGAUCGCUGACUUCGGUCUGGCUCGAGACAUCCACCACAUCGACUACUACAAGAAGACCACUAAUGGUCGUCUGCCGGUGAAGUGGAUGGCACCAGAAGCUUUGUUUGACCGUGUCUAUACGCACCAGAGUGAUGUGUGGUCUUUUGGUGUCUUGCUGUGGGAAAUCUUCACCCUUGGGGGGUCUCCUUACCCCGGAGUCCCCGUGGAGGAGCUCUUCAAGCUGCUAAAGGAAGGUCAUCGCAUGGAAAAACCCUCUGCAUGCACGCAGGAGCUGUAUCUGAUGAUGAGAGACUGCUGGCACGCCGUCCCGUCUCGCAGACCAACUUUCCAGCAGCUGGUAGAAGAUUUAGAUCGCACGCUUUCUCUCAUGGCUAACCAGGAGUACCUGGACCUGGCUGUUCCUCUGGUCCAGUACUCGCAGGUCGGCUCCUCUUCCUCGGCUCAUUCCUGUAACUCCACAUAGGCGUCCUGGGAGCCGUUCCCUUCCUGGAUCACCUUCAUCCCGUUUCCUCUGCUGCCGGGGCGGCGGCGGUCCCAGACGAGGCCGGACGGAGGAGCUCAGACGAGCCGCUUCACCGCCGUCUAUCAGCAGCAGCCUGAUGUGAAGAACAGCUGGAUUGAGCUGGACUCCAAGCGAGGCCUCAGGAAGCAGCUCACACAGCAUCUCAUUCAUAAAGGGUGUAAAGACUGAGUUCACCCUGUGAGAGCCGGGUUCGGUUCCGGGUCUGCCCAUCAGUGCUGUGGUUAAUAAUAACGUUCUCAGUGUGAAUACUGUAAAUAAUAGUUUGUCAUAUGGAAGAUCAAACUGGAUUUAUAAGAGAAGUAUGAAAUAAGGAGAUAGAGGGAGUAAAGCAAACUGUACUAAUAACUGAAUGAAUAAAAUACACAACAACAUGUACAAAUAAAUCUAUAAAUGUGUCAAAAACAAACAUUUCUUAAUCAUUUUACUUUGUAUUUUUCCAUCAGCAGCCCUUCAUAAUCCCUUUGGAAAUAAUUCAUUAAUCAUUUAUAGAUUUAUUUCUCAAGUUCUCUGUGUAUUUACUUUCAGUUAUUUAAUUUCCAGUGAUAUUUAUGUGUCUGUCGUCCGCAGUAAUGUCACGUUGCCAAAGAUGACGUUUGCCAGUCUUACAGUCCAACAUUGCACUUAUCCUCCAGCUGAUUGCAGCCAUUUACAGAAAAUGCUUCUUGUUGAAUGUGUAAAAUAACUGAUUAACAGUAUUAAAAUCCUUUUGAAUUUUUACUCUGGUGGAGAUUUGAUGUGAUUAAAUGACAAAAUCCAAGACUGUACCAGACUGAGCAAGAUGAUUCCUGCUGUAAAGUUGACAUGUUAAUUUGGGACGCCUUCUUUCUUUAUAACCCUGUACCCAGACGUUAGCCCCUUGCACCUCCUUCCUGAUGACAUCACGCAUAUUGCGAAAGAAAGCGAGCCGUGAUUGGUCGAGGAUCAACAUGUGGUCUGUAAUGCCUUGCGGCUGAGAUGAGGAUUUAUGACUCUAAUCACCAAAUGUGACACAGUGAGGAUCUGAGCAGGACUGUGGAGUCUGAGGCUGGUGAUGGAGUCGCUGUCGUCAUCACACUGAGUCUGAGAAACACCAGCAGCUCCAGGUUUAAACAAUCCUGCUGUGUGAUCGUUCAGAGCUGAUAGAAACACUCUCAGUCUGAUGCAAACCAGUCACACCUUGUGUGUGUGUGUUUGUGUGUGUGUGUGAAGAAUGACCUUGGAGAUGAAGAUAAA